AUGCGUCAUGCAUUCGAGGUCCGGUCGCUUCGGCGGGAGGCAAAACAAAGGACGCCUUUUCAAAGGGCCCGAGUGCAGUGUCCAUUUCGAGCCAGCUCUUGCAACUGUGCAGCGGCAUUCUGGACGAACAUGGUCGUCUGGACGUCCGAGCAGACUGAGAAGCGAACCAACAUCAACGACGUUGGUGGCACUUUUGGCGAGAACGACGGUGACUUUAUCUGCUAUCAUGAGAUCUACCGAAAAGCGCCAACUACGCCCAUUUGGCGUGCUCUCUUUUUGUCGGUCGCCAGCGCUCGAGUCAUGAUCGUGCAUGGGCCAGUCAAGGGUGGUCAACUACCAACACCUGUUGGCCCGACUGUUAGCAUUUCUCGAGGCACCGAGUCGCGUUGUGCCAACUCAAAGCCAGGCCUCGUGCACGCCGCGUUCUUGUGGUGGCACUUUGAGAGGGAAGUGUGUCGAAACAGAAGAUAAGUGGGCUGGAGCGCAACCGGAUACCCGUUCUGGCGUGACGAGUGUCUUCGCCAACCGGCGUCUGCUGGUCUGACGAUGGUCUGCAACAGCGGACACACCGUCACACAGACACGCACAAACGUCCGGCGGCAUUUCUCCUCUUCCAUUCAAGAGUCCUCGUAUCCACGCCACGUGGUAGACACCAUGUCGCUUGCCCUUGCGGAAGUCUGCCUCAACGGGAGUCCAUUUCACAGCCCUCAGCUGCCCUGGCAACAGUCGCCAGAGCCAAAUGUGCCUCGGCGAUUAGCAACAUGGGGACUGUUCUCCGAACGAGGAGAACAAUUGAAGACGAACGGAUGUAGGCUCGAGUUAGGCCAAAUCUGGCAUCGUGUUGUCACGGCGACCGCGAUGACAGCCCAUUGUCCUGACACAUGCGCCCAGUUAGCCUCGAGCAUGCUGACUGGCGGAGAGUGCAUUUUGACGGUGGAUCGCUCGACGUUCCUGCGACGUGACUGCGGCCUUCCUGCGCUCUUCUCACUUGGUCCCGCCAGCACAAGCGGAGACGAUCACUUGGUCAGCCUCGUGCUGGCCGGUUGCCGUGUCGCCACACCCGAAGCCGGUCCAACGUCUGGUCGAACGUCUGUGCCGAAUCGCCAGCAUUCUGCGAACAAGGCGGUGCCACUUCCUCGAGGUGGCCUUGACACCAACCAGAAGCAACAUCGGAUUGGUCUUCGUGUCUUCUGGAACUUUGUUAUGACUUUGUCAUUGGCCAUUUCUGUAUGCCCACCCGUCUCUUCGGCCCGGCGUUAA